CCACGCAUUCUGACUCCACCGUGCAGUCUCUUAUUUCCAUCUCCAUCACUACUGCAUAUGAAGAAGAAUCACAAGGAUAACGGGUUUCUCCCUCAACAUCUGGAGCGCCACGUUUUACCACGCAGAGACAGACGCUCUGCCUCCGAGAAAGAGACGGGUGAGACUGAGGACGGAGCACUUGACACCUUGCUUCACAGCAUCGAUAUGCAGUAGUGUGAUAGCAAUUCUACGGAGACGUAGAGGCCAUUCCAUGGCAUCCUAAUAUUACAUUGAGGGAUUGCGCAUUCGUGAUCAAAGGCAGCCUCGUUAGUGGUGCCGAACGGAUUAAAUUGGCUAUAGGACGGGGGAAAUUAAUAAUAUCCAUAUUUGAUCAAUACCUACCGUGAGAUAUCGUUGGACCUGCAAUGGACUCCAACGUACGGGAGUAUGGAAUGGCUCGCUUGGGAAUCUUUAUGGUUUUGAUGGGGCUGUGGCGGGUUAGCGCUGCUUGCCCUGCGUUCUGCACUUGCAGCAUCUCAAGGAUUGCUUGUAUCGAUCCUGAACCAGGGAUCGAGGAUUUCCCUAUCCUUACGUUAGAUGACAUAGAAAUGGACAUCAACAUCACCGAUAUAUACAUUGCAAAUCAAAACAGACUAUUUGACAUCAAUGAUAACAGCUUGAAGUACUACUCAAAUCUCAGAAAUCUAACUGUGACAAAUACCAGAUUGACUUCUAUAUCAUCACAGGCCUUUUUCAACAAUACAAGACUUCAAUAUCUGAAUCUGAGAGACAAUAACUUGUCAACACUCUCUUGGAAAACAUUCCAAAACUUAAACAUGACAUCUUUUCCCCUCCUGUCUGGUAACCCUCUGAAGUGUGUAUGUGAGAACAUGUGGAUCAAACUGAGGCUGCAAGAAGACAUUGACAGUACAGAGAGUCAAGAGCUGAAAUGCAUAGAUGACAGAGCAGUGAGGAGGGCCAUCUCCAGAUUUUCUCCCCCUGAUUGUGAGGCUCCCGCAGUGGAGGUCAGUCCCUCUAUCAUCAAAAUGACGGAGGGAAGUGAUGUCAGAGCAGUGUGCAGUGCAACAGGGUCUCCUGCCCCUGAUAUCUUGUGGAAUAUUGACAGUUUGUUUACCAUCACUAAGAUCAAUGCCUUGGAGCUGGAGAGCAAUCUGACACUGUUAGGUCUCUCGCCUUCGGACAACGGCAGAGUGAUCACUUGCAAUGUUGAGAACGUAGUCGGCCAAACCGAGGCUUACCUCCAACUCAACAUCCUCUUUCGCCCCACUAUCCUGGAGCUGCUGGAGCCAUUGCGCCUCCACCACUGGUGUAUCCCCUUCAGUGUGACCGGAAACCCCAAGCCCGAGCUACGGUGGUACCACAAGGACCAAGAGCUCCACGAACAGGAGUACAUCAAGACCGAGAUCCACGAGAGCACAGGGAGCAUUCACCACGGCUGCCUGAAGCUGGUCAACCCGACUCACAUCCACAACGGCCAGUAUACGCUGGUGGUCAGGAACGAGUAUGGGGAGGAUCGUAAAGAAAUCGAUGCCCACUUCCUGCUCCCGCCAGACCCAGACUACGAUACAGAACCGCCAUAUACCUACCCUUACACCACUGACUUACCACUACCCCCAAUAGAGGACAGUGUUGCAGUGUACAUAGUGGUGGGGAUCGCUGGCGUGGCAUUAAUUGGAUGUGUCCUGAUGGUGAUCAUUCUGAAAUACGGAAGAAACUCAAAGUUUGGGAUGAAGGGCUCCUCCUCGGUCAUCAGUAACGACGAUGACUCCGCCAGUCCUCUUCAUCACGUCUCCAAUGGCAACAACACCCCGUCGUCCUCAGAGAUGGGCCACGAUGCGGUGAUCAUUGGAAUGACAAAGAUCCCUGUCAUUGAGAACCCACAGUAUUUCCGCCAAUCUGGCAGCAUGCUGAAAUCGGACACGUUUGUCCAGCACAUCAAGAGACACAACAUUGUGCUGAAGCGUGAGCUGGGAGAGGGGGCCUUUGGGAAGGUGUUCCUGGCUGAGUGCUACAACCUGAACCCAGAUCAGGACAAGAUCCUGGUGGCUGUCAAGACGUUGAAAGAGGCCAGCGAAAGCGGCCGAGCCGACUUCCACCGGGAGGCGGAGCUGCUGACCAACCUGCAGCAUGAGCACAUCGUUACCUUCUAUGGCGUGUGUGUGGAGAGUGACCCGCUCAUCAUGGUGUUCGAGUACAUGAAGCACGGCGACCUCAACAAGUUCCUCAGGUCCCAUGGUCCUGACGCAGUGCUGAUGGCUGAUGGGCAGCACAGCCUGAUGGUGGAGCUGACCCAGUCCCAGAUGCUGCAUAUCGCCCAGCAGAUCGCUGCAGGCAUGGUCUACCUGGCCUCCCAGCACUUUGUCCACAGAGACCUGGCCACACGCAACUGUCUGGUGGGAGAGAACCUGCUGGUCAAGAUUGGGGACUUUGGCAUGUCCAGGGAUGUGUAUAGUACCGACUACUACAGAGUGGGGGGUCACACCAUGCUGCCCAUCCGCUGGAUGCCUCCAGAGAGCAUCAUGUACCGGAGGUUCACCACGGAGAGUGAUGUCUGGAGUCUCGGCGUGGUCCUCUGGGAGAUCUUCACCUAUGGGAAGCAGCCCUGGUACCAGCUCUCCAACAAUGAGGUGAUCGAGUGUAUCACCCAGGGGCGCGUGCUGCAGCGGCCGCGUUCCUGUCCAAAGGAGGUGUACGACCUGAUGCUGGGAUGCUGGCAGAGAGAAUCCUACAUGAGACUGAACAUCAAGGAGAUCCACAGCCUGCUCCAGAGUCUGGCCAAGGCCUCGCCUGUCUACCUGGAUAUACUGGGCUGAGUGAGUCUGGGCAGGUGUUUGGGUGGGAGUGAGGGGGAGUUGCAUGUGUGUGUGCGUGUGUGCGCGUGUGCGCGUGUGUGCGUGUGUGCGUGUGUGCGUGUGUGUGUGUUUGCGUGUGUGCCCGACUGUGCUGACUGUGCUUCUGUCUCCUCAUCACAUAGAGAAAAGCCUUAAAUUUGAUUAACUUUUUCUUUCCUUCUCCAUUUGAUGAUACUCUUAGGACCAGUUUCUCAAACCCAGAUUAAAAUAAUCCAGGAGUAGGCCCAAUUCUGAUUUAGUUCAUCAAGAGCUAAAAAUGAUUUAAUGAACAUCUAUUAACCUUGAAUUACAUAAUGCUGGACUGUGACGGGAACUUUUGAAAUGAAGUUUAAAACCAUAGUCUAACAAUAAUUGAGGCCAUGUCCAUGAAACCAAAAUGAUCAGUAAUCUUGAUUAAAUUGUAAUCUGGGUCUGCGAAACAAAUCAUGAACUGUGUUAUUGUACUGUUCUUGUACACUGUAAUUGCUGGGGAUGAACAAAGGGAAAAUGACUGUCAAAAUGAUCAUGGACAAUGUAUGGACACGUGCCAACAUGGAUAGAGCUUUUCCUUGUUCCUACUAACACGAGGAACAUCUCGUGUGGAGCGACAUAUAAAGUCGAAGUAACAUUUAUUUAUUUUUAAACCCAUUGCAAUGAAGUAAGGCUUACCGCUUAUAUAAGUGUCAUGGACUAUUUUUAUGAUGUGAGAACUUUCUUAUUGAUGUCAGGUGCUUUUUGACUCUGUUGUUUUCAUGUUGCCACUUUACAUUUUGAUUGGUGACUAAAUUCUGUCAUCAUGGCCAACCAGUCCGGAGCUGUGGAGUUGAUUAUUAUGGUACUUGAAGGGUACCUCUUAGGACUUAUAAUGACUUCAUAUCACAUUAAUAACCCAUUAAUAACCCAUAUAUACCACAGUAAAAAAAAAACAAAUAAAAAAAACAUCCAUUCAUGAAAUGCUUAUGUACUGCUUAUAUAUGGUUAUUUGUAUGUUAUAAAGUCUAUGUAGGUACCCUCAGUCUAGAGAGAACAAGAGCCAUCCAUCCACACAACACCGUUAAACCCCUGAGUGUUGCUAUACAUAUACGUAUGUGCAUAUUACAAAAACACUUUUAAAUGUUAUAAAAAUAAGGAUUUACCUUUUUAAAACAUAUGGGCAUUCUCUAUGCCAUAUUUAUAAUUCAUUUUCUCAGAGUUAUUUUCUUUUUUUAAAUUAAUAUUUCAGGUUGUGGUUCAUUAUCAGUGGUAUUUUCUAUCUGAUUCUAUUUUGCUAGAUACUGACAUUGUCCAUUUCCAUGUAGAAGGUCUUUUGUGUUUUUGAAUGUGGUUAGUAUGCACUACACAUGUCACAAUCUUGACUGGAUAACUAAAGCACAGUGAAUAAGGACCGUCCCGGCAUUAAGUUGGAACUGGGAGGAAUUUGAGUUGCCUCAACUCAAACCAAAGCAGUAAGAAAGUUGACCAUACUGUAGCAUAGAAUAACAUUGUCAUUUUGUUUUGUCAUUUGUCAUUUGUGAAGAGCACAUUCACCAGCAAUGGCUUAGAGAGACCAUCAUUUUAUCCUCUACCGUAUAAAUCUAUUGGAGGCCCAAAACUCUACUACACUGUUUGUUUUGCAUUUUUGAAGGCAGCUUUAUAAAUGCUGUUGAUGUUGUUGAGGUCGACGUUGAUAAGAUGUUUCAGUAUAUUGAAGCUAAUAGGAAAUGAUGGAUUUAGCCUUUAAGGAUAUUUGAUUAAUUUCAGCUGUAUUUGUAGCGAAUCAACAUUGACACUGCUUUAGUUUCACCCUCGAGUUAGAAAACAUCACUGGUAAAAUGCCCCUAUUCAGCGAUUUAUGCACUUAAAUUACUAAUUGACUUGUUUACAUUAUGUACUGUGUAGCAUAUUAUUUGGAACCAGGGUGUGAAAUUCUGUGAUCUUAUAUUGAUUGAUAUACAGUACCAGUCAAAAGUUUACACACCUACUCAUUCAAGUGUUUUUCUUUAUUUUCUACAAUGUAGAAUAAUAGUGAAGACGUGAACUAUGGAAUCAUGUAGUAACCAAAAUAGUUUUAAACAAAUCAAAAUACAUUUUAGAUUCUUCGAAGAAGCCACCCUUUGCCUUGAUGACAGCUUUGCAAACUCUUGGCAUUAUUUCAAACAGCUUCACCUGGAAGGCUUUUCCAACAGUCUUGAAGGAGUUCCCACAUAUGCUGAGCACUUGUUGGCUGCUUUUCCUUCUCUCUGCGGUCCAACUCAUCCCAAACCAUCUUGAUUUGGUUGAGGUCGGGUGAUUGUGGAGGCCAGGUCAUCUGAUGCAGUACUCCAGCACUCUCCUUCUUGAUCAAAUAGCCCUUACACAACCUGGAGGUGUGUUGGGUCAUUGUCCUGUUGAAAAACAAAUGAUUGUCCCAUUAAGUGCAAACCAGAUGGGAUCGCUGCAGAAUGCUGUGGUAGCCAUGCUGGUUAAGUGUGCCUUUGAAUUCUAAAUAAAUCACUGACAGUGUCACCAGCAAAGCACCCCCACAUCAUCACACCUCCUCCAUGAUUCACAGUGGGAACCACACAUGCAAAACUCAUCUGUUCACCUACUAUGUGUCUCACAAAGGCCUGAUUCACGCAGUCUCCUCUGAACAGUUGAUGUGUCUGUUACUGGAGCUCUGUGAACCAUUUAUUUGGGUUGUAAUGUCUGAGCCUGGUAACUAAUGAACUUAUCCUCUGCAGCAGAGGUAACUCUGGCACUUCCUUUCCUGUGGCGGUCCUCAUGAGAGCCAGUUUCAUCACAGCGCUUGAUGGUUUUUGUGACUGCACUUGAAGAAAGUUUCAAAGUUCUUUUGAAAUUUUACUCAUUGACUGACCUUCAUGUCUUAAGGUAAUGAUGGACUGUCGUUUCUCUUUGCUUAUUUGAGCUGUUCUUGCCAUAAUAUGGACUUGGUAUUUUACCAAAUAGGGCUAUCUUCUUAUACCACCCCUACCUUGUCACAACACAACUGAUUAGCUCAAACGCAUUAAGGAAAGAUAUUCCACAAAUGAACUUUUAACAAGGCACACCUGUUAAUUGAAAUGCAUUCCAGGUGACUACCUCACAAAGCUCUUUGAGAGAAUGCCAAGACUGCAAAGCUGUCAUCAAGCAAAUGGUGGAUACUUUAAAGAAUCUCAAAUAUAAAAAUAUAUUUUGAUUUUGUUUAACAGUUUUGGUUACUACCUGAUUCCAUAUGUUUUAAUGUCUUCACUAUUAUUUUUUAAAUAAAGAACAACCCUGGAAUAAGUAGGUGUGUCAAUGUUUUCAUUCACAGAUUCUAUCAGGAAUGUGACGACUUGAUAACUCUGGCAGAGUUUAAUCAGAUAAUGUGACAGGGAAGAGGACCUAAGACAGUGCCUUCAGAAAGUAUUCAUACCCUUUGACUUAUUCCAUAUUUUGUUGUUACAGUCUGAAUUCAAAAUUGAUCAAAUAUUUUUUCCCUCACCCAUCUACACACAAUAGCCCAUAAUGACAAAGUGAAAACAUGUUUUUUUUACAUUCUUGCAAAUGUAUGGAAAAUUCAAUACAGAAAUCUAAUUCCCAUCAGUAUUCACACCGCUGAGUCAAAACACCUUCGGCAGCAAUUACAGCUGUGAGUCUUUCUAGGUACGUGUUUUAUUUUAUUUUACUUUAUUUUUUAGCUUUGCACACCAGGGUAUAUAUAUUUUCCCAUUUAAUUAUUUUCAAAAUUCUUCAAGCUCUGUCAUAUUGGUUGUUGAUUUUUGCAAGACAACCAUUUUCAGGUCUUCCAUAGAUUUUCAAGUAGAAUGAAUGGCCACUCAGGAACAUUCACUGUCUUCUCCAGUGUAGAUUUGGCCUUGUGUUUUAGGUUGUUGUCCUGCUGAAUGGUGAAUUAAUCUCCGUGUCUGGUGGAAAGCAGACUGAAUGAGGUUUUCCACUAGGGUUUUGCCUGUGCUUAGCUCCAUUCCAUUUUUUUUAUCCUGAAAAAAUGGUACUCAGUAAUGUGUUGUAACAUAACAAACAAACAUAACACUUUGUAUUCAGGACAAAAAGUGAAUUGUUUUGCGGUAUUACUUUAAUGCCUUGUUGCAAACAGGAUGCAUGUUUUGUACUAUUUUUAUUCUGUACAGGCUUCCUUUUCACUCUAUCAAUUAGGUUAGUAUUGUGGAGUAACUACAAUGUUGUUGAUCCAUCCUCAGUUUUCUCCUAUCAUAACCACUCUAACUGUUUUCAAGUCACCAUUGGCCUCAUGGUGAAAUCCCUGAGUGGUUUCUUCCUCUCUGGCAACUGAGUUAGAAAGGAAGCCUGCAUCUUUGUAGUGACUGGGUGUAUUGAUACACUAUCUAAAGUGUAAUUAAUAACUUCACCAUGGAUAUUCAAUGUUUGUUUUUUUUACCAACAAGCUGCCCUUUGUGAGGCUUGUAAAAAUGUCCAAAAAUUUCACUCUGACAUUAUGGGGUAUUGUGUGUU